AUGCCACGCUUCGAUGGUGCUGUGAGACCAGUGUUUGCUCGGCCUCUGUAUUAUUUCUCGUAUCGUGGGCUGCGCGCAUAUCGCAGCGACUCGAGCAGAACAUACUACGAUGUGUUGGGUGUGAAACCGGAUGCCACAGCAGCUGAAAUCAAAAGCGCCUUUUAUAAAUUAGACUGUGCUAUCUUUCUGCUACAGCGAAGUAUGAUUUUUGGAUUUGGAAAUUUAAAGAAUAAUUUAACACUAAACGCUUAUUUAGAGCACUCUUUUGUUAAGGAAAUUGUGCUAAUUAGCCAACACCAUCCGGAUGCUUCAAAAUGCUCAGGUGACGGACAUAAGCAUGCAGCGCUAUAUCUGGAAAUCAGAGAUGCUUAUGAGGUUCUCAAGGACAAGAAAAAGCGACGAGAGUAUGAUUUGGGGCUCUUGGAUUCUUCACGUUCUCGUUUACGAUAUCGAGAGCAACCGACGGAUAACGAGGGCCGCCAACGCCACAAUGUCCCAUAUAAUUUUGGUGUGAGGAGUCAUUUAAUUAUUCAAGAAAAUCUCAAUACGAAAAUGAAAAUUGGUUUGAAUGGUACGCUAGACGAAGAGAAGAAUCUAUGA